AUGACGUUUCUAUUUAAUUUUAAUUUAAAAAAAAGAAAUAUUAACAUAAAAUUAUGGAUUUUCCUAUUUCUAACAUGGACUAAUAUUGUAGAAAACUCACUCAUAUUAGAUGAAGAUGCUCCAAAAAAUGGUUAUUCAGGUAGAAUAUGUGGUAUAGGUGAUAUGAAUAAGGAUGGUUACACUGAUAUAAUAGUACAAAAUGAUGAUGAAUUAACAAUAAGGUUACAAUCAGAAACUGGAAUUUUUAGUAAUCAAACGACUCCAAAAAGUUUACAAAUUGAGUCAACGAAAUCGUCUUGUUUUGUAGGAGAUUUUAAUGGUGAUACAAUUCCAGAUAUAAUUUCUGUUUCAGAAUUAGAUGAUUCUAUUUUUCAUGUGACUGUAUUUUUAUUUAAUGAUGUUUACAAGUUCAACUUUACGGUUUUUAAUUUAAAUACAUUAUUAUUUGACGAGCCCAUUUUAGUUGAUGUUAAUGGUGAUGGUAUAACUGAUAUUGUUGGAUUUAAAAGUGAAACCCGUGAGUUAGUUUGUUUUACGGGUGGUGAAAAAUUUGGAACAGAGGAAUGUACAAAAUUAUUUAAAAAUAAUUUAAAUGAUAAUAUUGAUAAUAUAAACGAGAGAAAAAAUAUGAAACCAAAAAAAUAUUUUCCACAUAUAUUUGCAGAUUUUGAUGGAGAUAUGAGAGCUGAUUUUGUUUUUGGUAUGGAAAAUGAAAAUCAAAAAUUAGUUUUAGAGAUGUAUGUGAAGAAUGAAAUUAGGAAUAAUUGGGUUUUACAUAAAAAUGCCAUUGCCAAAAUACCUAAUAAUUACGAUGAAAAAAAUUUAGCAGCACCUGUUGUUUCUGAUUUUGAUGCUGACGGUCACCUUGAUAUAGCUUUUCCCGUCUGUAGUGAUAGUGGUUGUAAAAAAAUUGAAAAAUUUUUAAUUUGGUCAAAUAAAAAUAGUAAUAGAAUUUCUAAAUCUGAAGUAUUGAAAGAAGGUGGUGAAUGGAAUUAUAUUACAAUUGAUAAUAAAGAAUCAGAACUUGCUGUGACUGAUGGAUAUCCUGAUUUGAUAGCUGUUGCUAAAAUUAACAAUGGUGACCAUCCAAUAAUUCUUGAAAAUGUUGAAUGUAAUGGUUGUGAAAAUGUAACUAGGAAAUUUGAAAUGAAAACCACUCAACGAUUAAUUGAGCCUGCUGAUAUGAGUGGAGGUAAAGUAAUGUUAACGGGAUUUUUUGAUCUAAAAGAAGAUGGUAAAUUGGAUAUUGUAGUUGAGUAUAUGGAUAAAAAAAAUCAACAAACAAAACACGAUUUCAUCAAAUGUGAUGAUAAAGGUGAUACGACUUUCCUUAAAGUUCAAACUCACACAAAUGUUUGUCAGAAAGAAUGUCCAGGUAGAAAAGCACGAGAUUUUGGUAGUGGAAUUCCAUGGCACGGAGCGUGUGUUUCAUAUUCAAUGACAGAUUCUUGGGGAAGUUUUAAAGUUUCAAAGAAAUGUCAACUUUCCCAGACUAAUCAAAGAACAUUACAAGGACCUUAUGUAUUAUUUGGAUUAGGUCGAAGUCCAAAUUUUAUUGACAUUAUAAAGUUUGAUGGACCUUUUAACUAUAAGCAUAUGGUGAAAGCCAAAUCAUAUGAAUUACCACAAAUAGUGCCAAAUUCAAGAAUUGUUGCUGUUCCACCACGAGAAUCAAACAAUUUAUGGUAUAUACGGCUUUAUCUUACCCCAUCACGACUUAUCCUUCAAAGCUUUAUUGUUCUUGCAAUAGUAUGUAUUCUUCUUUUGUUUUCAGCUGGAUUAUUGCAUUUGCGAGAACGUCAACAAGAUAAACGUGAAAAAAAUUCUCAACACCAACGGUUUUUCUUUGACGCAAUAUAUAAAAUCAAAGAUGAAUUAGGUAGAGGAAGUUUUGGUAUUGUUUUGGAAGUAGAAGAUAUCAUAACAUCAACAAAAUUAGCAAUGAAAAUUGCAAAAAAAAAUAAUGAUGAAGGAAGAUGUUUAGUGUUAGAAAAAAGAAUUCUUAUAAAAAUUAGAAAAUCAAAUUAUUUUCCAAAAAUUUAUGCAGCAGGAACUUUUAAGAAAUAUAAUUAUAUAAUUUGUGAAAAAUUAGGAAAAAAUUUACAGUCAAUAAUGCAUGAAAAAUAUGACGAAAAAUCAUUUCAUCAAUGUGUUAUCGCUGAAAUUGGAUAUCAAUUAAUUGAAGCUUUGACUAUACUUCAUGCAGCAGGCUACUUGCAUAGAGAUAUAAAACCAGAUAAUAUGAUGAUUGGUCUACCACCAAAUGAUAGAAGAAUCUAUUUAAUAGAUUUUGGUAUGAGUAGGCAAUUCAAAAAUUCUGAUGGAAGUUUACGAAUAACAAAAAGAAAAAAUCUUUGUUUUAGAGGGACAAAAGUUUUUGCCUCAAAUUGGGCACUUUUAAAUAAUGAACAACAACCAUGGGAUGAUAUACAUUGCGUUUUAAUAUCCCUAUCUUUCAUGCUAAAUGGUACCUUACCAUGGUGGGAAUCAUAUGAAGAUACAUUAAAAUUAAUUAAAAAAAAAAGUAAGCAUACUAAUAUAAAUAUGUUUACACGUUUUGGAAACAGUGGAAAAAGAUUCGCAUUAUAUGUUUUAAAUUCUUUUCGUAAAUAUGAAGUGGAUUAUAAAUAUAUGAGCAAAUGUUUAAGAGAUGAAAAAGAAAGGCUUGACAAUAAAACAUUUGAAGCUUAUUGGUCAUGGGACUUAAACUGGACAAAAACACUUUUGAAUCCUUAUGAAAAGCAAUUAAUUACCCUAUCCAAAACAACAUUAAGUAGUAUACCAAAAAAAGAAAUUAUAAGAAUUAAAUAA